UAACAAUUUGAAAUAUAAGAACCGGCUAUGAAUACCGGCCAUAACUCAUUCAAUCAUUGUCAGUACUCAAUUACUCGCGAGAGGGUCGGCUAAUGCUCACGCUAGUCGUGGUCACUUCAUCGUGCUAGCAAGAUACCAAGUUGUAUCUCUAAGUGCAACUUCGAUUUUAUUAAGUAGUCCAGUGUAGCAUAAUUUUACAGUGUUAGCUGUUCGUUUGUCUGUCCCUAUUCUUUUCUUAUUUUGACUCUCACUUUCAAACCAUGCUGUGAAAAAAAUAUAUAAAGCUAUCCAUAGAUAAAUCUAGAAAAAUAAGAGUAAAUGUUUUUUUUUCUUUGCUUAAAUGACCUUAAUUGUUCGGAAAAGUUGAUUAAAAAUGUCACUUUUAUCUUGAUGCCUGAGAGAUUACCUUUUUUUUUUUUUUAUUAAAAAGUAGUCACUAUUUCACUUUUUUAGUUUUAGGUGACUGGAUGGUAGCGCUGUAACUUAUUACAAAAACUGUAGCUCGGAAAAACGCUCUUGAAUAUCCAUAAUCCAGUUUGAUCCAGUUACUCUGAUCGGGAUAUUACAAAGGUCGAGAGAUUCGCACACUGGCACUUUUUAAUCUAUUUCUAUUAAGCAAAAAUUCCGAAAAGCGCGACGCGAACGCGAGAUCAGUGCGAAGCGGAGCGCCAAUUUUACAGAAGCACAUCGCUUCCGUUCGGAUUUCAAUUUCACUCGUGCCCCCGUUCAUCUCCGUGAUUAUCUUGAUUUCGAAAUCUUUUUGUCGUUUCGAUCAAGCCAGAUAAGCGGGAGAUUAGUGAUAAUGGUGACCAGAUAGUGACAGUGGUGAUAUACGAUGGCUCCGAUGUCGCAUACGUCCAUUCUGUUCUGUACGCCUCGCAUUGUGCCGAAUCAGUUCAGUUUGCAUCUCCGGUUCGCGUUAUUUUUGCGGUGAAAAAUCGAAGGAUAUAGGGUAGCGUGAAACGCGUUAAUUUAAAGACAUCACGGAGGAGACCGAGUACAAAGUCGUUCUUCUUCGAUACCUCUUUAAGAAGCAGCGUCGCUGAAGAAAAUGGAGGAGAACGGAGAGAUAGAGAGGAGAAUGGAGAGCACAGGGAUGAUUGACGGAGUUCCUGUACGCCAGCAAGGCAGGAAGCUGUGGCAGUAUCUCGCAUCCAUUUCCGCCUGCUUGAUGGCGGUCGGGGUCGGCACCGCCCUGGCUUGGACGUCUCCCGUUCUACCCCAGUUGUACGAAAAGACCUCUUGGCUGGUUAUCACCAAGGAACAGGGAUCCUGGAUCAGCUCGUUGUUGGCUCUGGGCGCGAUAGUGGGUGCCGUCCCGUCCGGACCGAUGUCCGACAAACUCGGUCGGAAGAAACGCUUCUUCUGCUAACCGUCGCUUCUUCUGCUAACCGUCCCGUUUGUCUUAUCCUGGGCGAUCAUCAUCUUCACCUCCAAACUGUGGCUGAUCUACGUGGCCAGGUUCAUAGUCGGCGUCGCCGUGGGAGCGGCCUGCGUCGUUGUGCCGACUUACAUUACCGAAAUUGCGGAGACUUCGAUUCGGGGCACCCUCGGCGCUAUGUUUCAGCUAUUCCUCACGGUUGGGAUCUUGCUGGCCUUCAUAUUCGGAUCGGUGACGAAUUACACGGCGUUCGCUAUAAUUUGCUGCCUCAUAAACGUUGGCUUUCUGGCUAGUUUCAUAUGGAUGCCGGAAUCGCCUAUUUGGCUGGUGAAUCAAGGACGGAAACCGGAAGCCACGGUAGCGAUGACAGUCCUCCGAGGAGAUUCUUACGAUCCGUCCGAGGAACUCGCGAUGGCGCAGCAAGAAGCCGAGCAGGCAGCAUUGAGGAAAUCGACCAUAUUCGAUCUCAUACGUAAUCCAGCAGCCAGAAAAGCUUUGUUGGCUUCGUUGGGCAGCAUGCUCUUUCAGCAAUUGUCCGGCAUAAAUGCGGUGAUCUUCUAUACUGUCACCAUUUUUCAGGCAUCCGGAAGCUCGAUGCCGGCGGAUGUCGCCUCUAUAAUUGUGGCUAUCGUUCAGACGAUUAUGACGGGUGUAGCAGCUUUGAUCGUGGAUCGCGCCGGCAGGAAGCCGUUGCUAAUAUUUUCUUCGAGCGUCAUGUUAGUCAGUCUUGUGGCCCUCGGUGCUUAUUUCAAUAUUAAGGAGAGCGAAAGUGACGUCAGCAAUCUCGGCUGGCUGCCGCUCACAUCACUGACAUUAUUCAUGAUCUCCUUUUCCGUCGGCAUGGGUCCGAUACCAUGGAUGUUGAUGGCUGAACUGUUCCCCGCGGAGACCAAAGCGGUCGCUUCUGGUAUGGCCGUGAUGCUGAACUGGAUCCUGGUGUUCUUGGUGACGAAGACCUUCCCGGCAAUGAACGAUGGUUUGGGCGCGGACGUUACUUUUUGGAUCUUCGCCACGAUCAUGGCAGUCGGCACUGCAUUUACGUAUUUUCUCGUUCCGGAAACCAAGGGAAAAACCUCCCAAGAGAUUCAGGAGGAGUUGCAGGGCAACGUUCGAUCGAACAGAACAAACGCCUAAAUUAUAUUUACAAAUUGACGAGACUGCUGUUUCAAUAACGAUAUUUAACAAAAUAUAGAAUCAAAUUUAUUGUCGAGCUAAGCUCCGAGAGGACUUUGAUACUACGAAGUACGAGGAAGCAUACGGACAAUAAUAAAAAAACUUUUUUAACAACGAUGCAUCAAGAAAUAAGCUACUGCAAAAGUUACUGAGAAGAAAGUUAAAUCUCAUAAAUGAUUUAUCGUUUUUCUUUCUAUCAUCCAUAAAUUACGUUUCAACAUAUUGUUAUCAUUCCCCUAAAUUUAUAAUACAUAAUUUUUAUUCACACUCUGGUUCAUGCGGACAAAAUGUAUAAAAUUUUUAUUAAUUAUGCAUAUUUGUUAAAUAUGCAUUAUUUAAACAUGUACAUUAUUAUGUGAAAAAAUGAUAUUUUAUGAAAUUAUUUUUCAAUUACAUUUGUAAUUAAGUAUUUAAAAAUAAGUAUUUCAUAUUCUUAGAUAUUAUUGCAUUUCUUUAUAGACAUCAUUCUAUUGGAAUUUCAUUUUGUAAUUAAUACUAAAUAUACGUGAUAGUCGUCUCUGUCAUAUUUUAGUUAAACGCGUGAAAGCAUAUAUGCAAUUAUUUAAAUGAAUUUUUUGUAUUAUCUAGAAAUAAUAUUAUUUACGACAAUAAUUGAUAAGUAUGUAUUAAAUAAAUUUUUAAUUUAUUAUUCCAUAAAUA